AUGGCUUCACCAAAUAGUUGUUUCACAUGCCGCAAGUCUGGCAGCACUUCUUUCUGUCGUGGAUGCAAUGCCUAUUUUUGCGACGCUGAUUUUGCAUGUCAUCGGAAAAUGUUACUUAAUGAUCUGAAUGUACUUACAGUAGAUCGGAAUGAUCUUCAAGAAAGAGUAAAUGAGGCCGCUUCAAAUCUAGGAUCUUGCCAACACAUAACAGCAAAAAUUGAUGAAUGGGAACGAACUACGGAAAAAGUUAAACAAGCUGCUGAAUUGGCUAAAAAGCAGGUUCGAAAAAUAUUAAACUCUAAGCAAGAAGAAAUUACUAGACGAUUUGACAAUCUAUCACAAGAAUUAAAGGAGCGAAUGGUUCAAAAAAGUGUUGUUGAACAGGACAUAGCCCGUUUAAAACAAGAAAUAGAUCAACUCAAGAACGAUUUAACAAAAAUAGCUCAGACACCAACAAUCGAAUUGAAUAUGAAACAAAGUGAUGAAAUUAAGUUGUAUCAUAUGAUAUAUGCCGAGGAAAAAUCUAUAAAUGUUGAUUAUCAAUUGCAUCAGCUGGAACCAAUGGAGGAACACCUACGCGCUACAAGCAUUGUUACCACUAAGCUUCCCUGUGAUGGACAUGUUUGUCCAAAUUGUUAUAACUGUUCACAUUCUAUCUAA